AUGGUUUCUAGACUUUUACUUCUCAUUUCGAAUUGCUACACAAAUAUAAGUGAAACUCCCUUGAUAUCCUUUCAAAACUAUCCAAAGUUUGUAUUUGAUUUGCAAACAAAACUCUUUGGAGAUAAGUUUCAACUCAACAAUCACAACGUUUUACUACACUCUAAGUACAGAGAACUUUACCAUUUAGGAUUACAUGCAAAAGUUUCUCUCAAUCGUUCACCAAAAGGUACAAUGUUCACAUCAAAGAUCAAACUUUGA